GCGUCACUCCCCUGUCCUGUCCGGCUUCCUGUCCUUACUCACUCUAAUUGAUCACAAUCACUAUCUCAUCUCUCACUCCCCUUUUCUACUGCCACAACAAUGGCGUCCGUGUCACUCUCUCCACUCUUUCUCUCCUUCUUCUUCUUCUUCUUCUCCUCCUUCAACAACUUUUGCAACUCCCAACAAUCCACCACCGCCCAGGACUACCUCCAGCUCCCCCUCCUCCACAAACAGCCCUUCUCCCCGUCCCAAACCCUUUCUCACGACACCCACCGCCUCUCCCUCCUCCACUCCCGCCGCCGCGACAUCACCUUACCCGUCGUAUCCGGCGCGUCCUCCGGUUCCGGACAGUACUUCGUCGAUCUCCGCAUUGGCACCCCUCCGCAGCGCCUCCUUCUCGUCGCCGAUACCGGCAGCGAUCUCGUAUGGCUCACCUGCUCCGCCUGCACAGACUGCUCCAACCGGGGACCCGGUUCAGCUUUCCUCGCCCGCCACUCCUCUACAUUCUCGCCCUACCACUGCUACAACUCUGCCUGCAAGCUGGUCCCCCCACCCGACCCGAACCCAUGUAACCACACCCGACUCCACAGCCCGUGUCGCUACGAGUACUCCUACUCCGACGGGUCACUAACCGCCGGGUUCUUCUCCAAAGAAACGACGACAUUGAACACCAGCUCCGGGACGCACACAGAGCUCCCGCACUUAUCCUUCGGGUGCGCGUUUCGGGUCGAAGGUCCGAGUAUCACGGGUCCGAGUUUCAAUGGGGCCCAAGGAGUCAUGGGCCUGGGAAGAGGGCCCAUCUCGUUUUCCUCGCAACUGGGUCGCCGGUUUGGGAACAAAUUCUCAUACUGUCUCAUGGACUACACUCUAUCCCCGUCGCCGACGAGUUACCUCAGAAUCGGCGGCGGCUCUCCUAGCCGCGUCGUUUCGAAUAAGAAAUUCAGCUUCACCCCGUUGCAAGUGAACAAUUUCGCUCCCACAUUUUACUACAUUGGGAUUAAGUCCGUCUCCGUCCACGGCGCUAAAUUACCGAUUCGCCCCUCCGUCUGGGCCCUCGACUCUUCCGGUAACGGCGGCACAGUCAUCGACUCGGGAACCACGCUGUCGUUUUUACCCGAGCCGGCUUACCGUCUAAUUUUAGCAGCGUUUAAGCGGAAUAUUAGGCUGGCGAGCCCAGCUAAUCCGACACCCGGCUUCGAUCUUUGCGUAAACGUGUCAGGGGCGUCGAGGCCAAGGCUGCCCAGGAUGAGUUUUAAACUCGCUGGGAACUCGGUGUUUGCGCCGCCGCCGAGUAGCUACUUCAUUGACACAGCGGACCGGAUAAAGUGCCUGGCGAUCCAACCCGUGGAAUCUGGGUCGGGUUUCGGAGUGAUAGGGAAUCUAAUGCAACAAGGGUUCUUGUUCGAGUUCGACAGGGACAGGUCGCUGCUGGGGUUUUCGCGCCAUGGCUGCGCGCUACCGUGACAGCGAAACGAGUCCCCGACAUUGACUCGGUGCUGAGUUUUGAAUUUUAUUUUAUUUUUUCUUUCAAUUAAUAAUUAAUUGUUUUCCACUCCAUAUAUAUAUAUAUAUGAGCAAAAUUAUUUUCGGACA